AUGGCAUUACCUGCAGUGAAACCUUGGCUGGUAAAUCUCCCAGGAGAUUUCUUUACCACAUAUCGGUUCGCUCGUGGUCCAGUUUUGGGCAGUGGAAUGAGUGGAGACGUUGUGUUAGCAACCUCGCUUCUGUCUCCUAACCAUAAGAGAGCAGUGAAGAUUUUGUCAUUGCUAACUGCUGAUGGAGGGCUUGCGAAUACAAUUUUGUUUGAUAGAGAAGUCAACAUUUUACAAGGACUGUCUCAUCCACAUAUCAUCAAACAUACGAUAUCUGCCCGCUGUCCUGACUACUUGGCCAUCUGUACUCACUACUGUCCUAACGGAACACUGGCCUUUCAUCUAGACACCAUGACCCCAGAGUUGUGUGUCAAGUACUUCGUCCAGAUGGCGUGUGCUGUGCGUUAUCUCAAUGAUAAACUGAGAAUAGUACACAGCGACAUCAAACCUGAUAAUAUUUACAUCAAUGCUAAUAAUGACCCAGUUCUUGGAGAUUUUGGAUUAUCGUUUUUCAUUCCACCAGGCGACACUCUGCUGGACAUGUACUCGCUUGGUGUGUCUCUCUGGUGCAUGAUGUUUUCGGCAGAACCAAUCAUAGGCAACAUGUACGAGCUUCUUGAUGACCCCAAUUAUUUCGAGGUUGCUCCUGAUACUCAAGGCUGGUGCUGGUGUCUGUAUACCACGAUGGAAUAUGACCCAGCAUUAAGAUAUUCAGCGGCAUCGAUACUGGCAGAACUUCACGAGCAUGAUGUUCACAGGGACCUCAUUGACAGUCUGUAA